CCGGAGGAGUUCGGCCAUUUUCCCGGGGCCCGGCUGGAGAGGAUGGCGGAGGAGGGCGCCGUGGCGGUCUGCGUGCGGGUGCGGCCGCUCAGCAGCAGAGAAGAAGAACUUGGAGAAACUGCCCAAGUUUACUGGAAAACUGACAAUAAUGCCAUUUAUCAAGUUGAUGGAAGUAAAUCCUUCAAUUUUGAUCGUGUCUUUCAUAGUAAUGAAACUACUAAAAAUGUGUAUGAAGAAAUAGCAGCACCAAUCAUCGAUUCUGCCAUACAAGGCUACAAUGGGACUAUAUUUGCCUAUGGGCAGACUGCUUCAGGAAAAACGUAUACUAUGAUGGGUUCGGAAGAUCACUUGGGAGUUAUACCCAGGGCAAUUCAUGACAUUUUCCAAAAAAUUAAGAAGUUUCCUGAUAGGGAAUUUCUCUUGCGUGUGUCUUACAUGGAGAUAUACAACGAAACCAUUACAGAUUUAUUCUGUGGCACUCAAAAAAUGAAACCUUUAAUAAUUCGAGAAGAUGUCAAUAGGAAUGUAUAUGUUGCUGAUCUCACAGAAGAAGUGGUUUAUACAUCAGAAAUGGCUUUGAAAUGGAUCACAAAGGGAGAAAAGAACAGACAUUAUGGAAAAACAAAAAUGAAUCAGAGAAGCAGUCGUUCUCAUACAAUUUUUAGGAUGAUUUUGGAAAGCAGAGAGAAGGGUGAGCCUUCUAAUUGUGAAGGAUCUGUGAAGGUGUCCCAUUUGAAUUUGGUUGACCUUGCAGGCAGUGAAAGAGCUGCUCAAACAGGAGCUGAAGGUGUGCGACUCAAGGAAGGCUGUAAUAUAAAUCGAAGCUUAUUUAUUUUGGGACAAGUGAUCAAGAAACUUAGUGAUGGACAAAUUGGCGGUUUCAUAAAUUAUCGAGAUAGCAAAUUAACACGAAUUCUCCAGAAUUCCUUGGGAGGAAAUGCAAAAACUCGUAUUAUCUGCACAGUUACUCCGGUGUCUUUUGAUGAAACCCUUACAACUCUCCAGUUUGCCAGCACUGCUAAAUAUAUGAAGAAUACGCCUUAUGUUAAUGAGGUAUCAAGUGAUGAAGCUCUCCUGAAACGAUAUAGAAAAGAAAUAAUGGAUCUUAAAAAACAAUUAGAGGAGGUUUCUUCAGAGACUCGGGCCCGGGCAAUGGAGAAAGACCAAUUAGCCCAACUUUUGGAAGAAAAAGAUUUGCUUCAAAAAGUACAGAAUGAGAAAAUUGAAAACUUAACACGGAUGCUGGUAACCUCUUCUUCCCUCACAUCACAACAAGAAUUAAAGGCUAAAAGAAAACGAAGAGUUACUUGGUGCCUUGGCAAAAUUAACAAAAUGAAGGACUCAAACUAUGCAGGUGGAUUUCAAAUGCCAACAACUAUAACAACGAAAACACAUAAGCCUGCUAUAACUUUAUUAGGAGAAAUUGAUGAAUCUCUCUGUUCAGAGUCUGAUUUUUGCAGUAACACUCUUGAUACAUUAAGUGAAAUAGAGUGGAAUCCAGCAACAAAGCUACUAAAUCAGGAAAAUGUAGAAAGUGAGUUGAACUCACUUCGUGCUAACUACGAUAACCUGGUAAUAGACUAUGAACAACUAAGAACAGAAAAAGAAGAAAUGGAAUUGAAAUUAAAAGAAAAGAAUGAUUUAGAUGAAUUUGAGGCUCUGGAAAGAAAAACUAAAAAAGAUCAAGAGAUGCAACUAAUUCAUGAAAUUUCCAACUUAAAGAAUUUAGUUAAGCAUGCAGAAGUAUAUAAUCAAGAUCUUGAGAAUGAACUAAGUUCAAAAGCAGACCUGCUUAUAGAAAAGGAAGACCAGAUUAAGAAGCUACAGCAAUACAUAGCCUCUCAACAGUUAGAAAAUAUGAAAAUGGACUUGUCCUACUCAUCGGAAAACACUGAAGACCUUAAAAAGAUGAGACAGACUCUGUUUGAUGCUGAAACUGUAGCCCUUGAUGCCAACAGAGUAUCAGCCUUUCUUAGAAGUGAAAAUCUGGAGCUGAAAGAGAAAAUGAAAGAACUUGCAACUACAUGCAAACAAAUGGAAAAUGAUACUCAAUUAUAUCAAAGCCAGUUGGAGGCAAAAAAGAAAAUGCAAAUUGAUCUGGAGAAAGAAUUACAAUCUGCUUUUAAUGAAAUAACAAAACUCACCUCCUUUAUCGAUGGAAAAGUUCCGAAAGAUUUGCUCUCUAAUAUGGAACUGGAAAGAAAGAUUACUGAUCUCCAAAAAGAACUGAAAAAAAAAGUUGAAGAAAAUGAGACUUUGCAGAAAGAAGUUAAUUUGCUCUCAGAAUUAAAAUCUUUGCCCCCUGAAGUAGAAAUGCUGAGGAAAGAGAUUCAUGAUAAAUCUGAAGAGCUCUGCAUAAUAACAUCAGAAAAAGACAAAUUGUUCUCUGAGGUAGUUCAUAAGGAGAGUAGAAUUCAAGGUUUACUUGAAGAAAUUGGUAAAACUAAAGAUGACUUAACAACUGCCCAGUCGAAUUAUAAAAGCACUGAUCAAGAAUUCCAAGAUUUCAAAAGCUUUCAUAUGGAAUUUGAGCAAAAGUAUAAGAUGGUCCUUGAGGAGAAUGAGAGAAUGAAUCAGGAAAUAGGAAAUCUCUCUAAAGAAGCACAAAACUUUGGUAUAAGUUUGGAUGCUUUGAAGACUGAGCUUUCUCACAAGACCCAGGAACUUCAGCAGAAAACAUUUGAAGAUCAUGAAAGGUUAAGUGAGGUGGAACAACUAAAGAAACAAUUGGAAAAUAGAGGCUCUAUGCUGCAAACUGUAGAAGAGGAGAAAACACUGAUUACUGAGAAACUUCAGCAAACCUUAGGAGAAGUAAGAAUUUUAACCCAAGAAAGAGAUGAACUAAAACAACUCCAAGAGAGCCUUCAAAUUGAGAGGGACCAACUCAAAAGUGAUAUUCAGGAUACUGUAAACAUGAAUAUAGACGCUCAAGAACAAUUGCGAAAUGCUCUUGAGUCUUUGAAACUACACCAAGAAACAAUUAACACACUACAAUUGAAAAUUUCCAAGGAAACUUCCAGGAAUUUGCAUACGGUGGAAAACAUAGGAGAAACGAAAGAAUUUCAGCAAAAGAUAGAUGGCAUAGAUAAAAAAAAGAAUUUGGAUGCUAAAAACACCCAAACGCUGAUUGCAGAUGUUAAGGAUGAUGAAGUAAUUGAGCAACAGAGGAAAAUAUUUUCUUUAAUACAGGAGAAAAAUGAACUCCAACAAAUGUUAGAGAGUGUUACAAUGGAAAAGGAACAAUUGAAGACUGACCUAAAGGAAAAUAUCGAAAUGACCAUUGAAAACCAAGAAGAAUUAAGAAUUCUUGGAGACGAACUUAAAAAGCAACAAGAGAUAGUUGCUCAAGAAAAGAGCCAUACCAUAAAGAAAGAAGAAGAGCUUUCUAGGACCUGUGAGAGACUGGCAGAAGUUGAAGAAAAGCUAAAGGAAAAGAGCCAGCAACUCCAAGAAAAACAGCAAGAACUUCUUAGUGUACAGGAAGAGAUGAGUGAGAAGCAGGAAAAGGUGAAUGAAAUGGAGAAUUUAAAGAAUGAGUUAAAGAAUCACGAAUUAACAAUGGAACAUAUGGAAAUGGAACGACUGAAGUUGGCUCAGAAACUUCAUGAAAAUUAUGAGGAAAUGAAAUCUAUAACCAAAGAAAGAAAUGAUCUGAAGGAAUUACAGGAAUCAUUUGAAACAGAGAGGGACCAACUUAAAGGAUAUAUAAGAGAAAUUGAAGCUGCAGGCCUACAAACAAAAGAAGAACUAAAAAUUGCUCAUAUGCAUCUAAAAGAACACCAAGAAACUAUUGAUGAACUAAGAAGAAGCAUUUCUGAGAAGACAGCUCAAAUAAUAAGUAUUCAGCAGGACUUGGAAAAAUCCAAAACCGAAUUACAAGAAAAGAUACAAGAACUUCAGGAAAAAGAAGAUCAAUUUCUUAAGAUGAAAGCUGUCAAGGAAGCUCAAGAAGAAACUCAUGAAAUGGAACACUUGAAGGAGCAAUUUGAGGCCCAGAAGUUAACUCUGGAAAAUACAAAAAUGGAGAAUGUUAAAUUGACUCAGAGACUCCAUGAAAACCUGGAAGAAAUGAAAUCUAUAACAAAAGAAAGAGAUGACCUUAGGAGUAUGGAGGAGACUCUCAAAGUAGAGAGAGACCAGCUCAAGGAAAAGCUAAGAGAAACCAUAAUUCUAGACCUAGAAAAACAAGAAGAACUAAAAAUUGCUCACAGACAUGUGAAAGGGCACCAAGAAACUAUUGAUAAACUCAGAGGGAUUGUGUCACAGAAAACAGAUGAAAUAUCAAAUAUGCAAAUACAGUUAGAAAACUCUGAUGCUGCCUUAAAAGCACAGAUCCAAGAACUUCAGGAGAAAGAACAUCAACUUCUUAAAGGAAAAAAUGAUCUUGAGGAAGCUAUGUAUCAAACAGAGCAACUGAAGAAACAAUUAGAGGCCCAGAGUUCAACUCUGGAAAGUAUUAAAAUGGAGAAAUUAAGGUUGACUCAGAAACUUCAUGAAAACCUUGAGGAAAUAGGAUUUGUUACUAAGGAAAAUAAUAGCCUAAGAAGAGCAGAGGAAACUCUCAAAAUGGAGCGAGACCAACUUAGGGAAAGCCUUAGAGAAACAGAAGCUAAAGAUCUGAAAAAACAAGAGGAACUAAGAAUUGCUUACGUGCAUCUGAAAGAGCACCAGGAAACUAUCGAUAAACUCAGGGGAAUUGUUUCUGAGAAGACAGAUGAAAUAUCAAAUAUGCAAAUAGAUUUAGAAAAUUCAAAUGCUAAAUUACGAGAAAAGAACCAUCAGAACCAUGAAGAGGUAGUAACAUAUGAAAAAAGGUUACUAAGCGAUGGACAGCAGCACCUUACAGAAAGCCUGAGGGAAAAGUGCUUUAGGAUAAAAGAGCUCCUGAAGAGAUACUCAGAGAUGAAUAAUCACUAUGAGUGCUUAAAUGGAUUGUCUCUUGACUUGGAGACAGAAAUUGAAACCCAAAAAGAGCUUUCAAUUAGAGUAAAAGCAAACCUCUCACUUCCGGAUUCGCAAAUCAAACAGAUUCAAAAACUUCUUACUGCAAAUCAGAGAUGUUCCAUGGAAUUUCAUAGAAUCGUGAAGAAAUUUAAGUAUGUAUUAAGCUAUAUUACAAAGAUGAAAGAAGAACAACAUGAAUCCAUCAAUAAAUUGGAAAUGGAUUUUAUUGGUGAAGUGGAAAAGCAAAACAAAUUGCUAAUUAAAAUACAGCACCUUCAAGAUUGUGAUGUACCAUGCAAGGAAUUCAGGGACCUCAAGUUGAACCAGAAUAUGGAUCUACAUAUUGAGGAAAUUCUUAAAGAUUUCUCAGAAAGUGACUUCCCCAGCCUAAAGACUAAAUUUCAACAAGUUUUAAGUAACAGGAAAGAAAUGACGCAGUUUUUGGAAGAGUGGUUGAAUACUCAUUUUGAUAUAGAAAAGUUUAAAAAUUGCAUCCAGAAAGAAAACGAUAGAAUUUGUCAAGUGAAUUACUUCUUUAACAACAAAAUAAUUGCCAUAAUGAAUGAAUCAACAGAGUUUGAGGAAAGAAGUGCUAUCAUAUCUAAAGACUGGGAGCAUGACCUGAAAUCAUUGAAGGAUCAAAAUGAAAAACUAUUUAAAAACUACCAAACUUUGAAGAUCACCCAGGCUUCUGGUGCCCAUGUUAAUAAUCCCAACACACAAGACAGUAAGAAUCCUCAUGUUACCUCAAGUGCUAUACAACUAACCACAGAGAAAAUUCAGGAGCUGGAAACUUCGCUACGUGUAGCAAAAGAAAAUGCUAUGCAUAAGGAAGACAAGAUUAUAAAGAUGGAGAAGGAACUUAAAGUGACUAAUGACAUAAUAGCAAAACUUCAAGCCGAAGUUAAUGAAUCAAAUAGAUGCCUUGAAAAAACAAAAGAAACAAUCCAAGUACUUCAGGACAAAGUUGCUUUAGGAUCGAAGCCCUAUAAAGAAGAAAUUGAAGAUCUGAAGACAAAGCUGGUGAAAACAGACCUAGAGAAAAUGAAAAAUGCCAAAGAAUUUGAAAAAGAAAUUACUUCCACAAAAGCCACCAUAGAACAUCAAAAAGAAGUUAUAAGGCUACUGAGAGAAAAUCUUCGAAGAAUUCAACAGGCCCAAGAUACCUCAAUGGUAUCAGAACAUAUUGAUUCUCAGCCUUCAAAUAAACCCUUAACCUGUGGGGGUGGCAGUGGCAUUGUACAAAACACAAAAGCUCUUAUUUUGAAAAGUGAAUAUGUAAGGCUACAAAAGGAAAUUUCUAAAUUGAAGCAGCAAAAUGAACAGCUAACAAAGCAAAAGAAUGAACUGCUAAGCAAUAAUCAUCGUCUUUCCAACGAGGUCAAAACUUGGAAGGAAAGAACCUUUAAAAGAGAGGCUCACAAAGAAGUAUUUUGUGAGAAUUUUCCAAAGUCUCCUAAGGUGACUGGAACAGCUUCUGAAAAGAGACAGGUUACACCUUCUCAGUGUAAGGAAUGGAAUUUACAAGAUCCUGUGCCAAAGGAGUCACCAAAAUCUUGGUUUUUUGAUAGCCGAUCAAAGUCUCUACCAGCACCUCAUCCAAUUCGUUAUUUUGAUAACUCAAGUUUAGGCCUUUGUCCAGAGGUACAGAGUUCAGGAACAGACAGUGUGGAUCCUCAGCCAGGUCCCAGGCACGCGCCCCCAGAAAAAGAUGCGCCUGAGUGCAGAACUCAGUAACUCAUUUCUUUCACUUUCCUGGGGGCCCAACGUUCCUCCUCUGGGAAUGACUUUGCUUCCUUAUGUGUCUACCCCUGGGAAUGAUGUCACACAGUCCGGCUUAAUCUCAAUUCACCUUUCACUUUGCCACUAGCAUUGGAAGACGCACAGGAAAUGAAAGUUUUGCAGUAAUGUGUAAUGCUGAUGGCAAUACCUUCUUGCAUGUGAUAAUGCUUGUAAAAGUUGAAUUAUAUAUAUAUUUAUUAUUUAUAUAUUUUAUAAAGAAUAAAGUUAUUGAAGGCAAUGUAAAGUUAUCCACAUGCGACUUAGGUAAUUCCAAAGUAUAAUACAUGUAUUAACAUAAAAUAUGUUUUCUUAACAAAAUUAUAAUCUAUUUUUUAGUACCUUACACAGUUCAAUAAAUGUUUAGUAGUUCUGAAUCACAACUCCACGUAAUAUUAAUGUUUUCUUGGUGGGGUACUCUCUUGUUGACUUUCAGAAUUUUGCUGUGAAAAUAUACCCAUGCUUUCUAGAUUGAAAUUCUUAAAAGAUAGCAGACCCUAUAUCCUCUUAACUUUCUAGUCCUAAUCUUCCUUUUGCUGUAAUAAGUGUAAAAGUUCUUUCUUUUCUGUUAACCCAGCCACCCCAAUCCCUGUAAGCACUGUAAAUUGGUUGGUUUACUAUGGACUUUGUUCUCCAUCAUACCUCACUCCCAGCUGGAAGAACCUUAUAGAUCAUUUGUUCUAUCUCUUUAUGUUAGACGUGAAGAAACAGUACCAGAGUUUCUAUCAAAGUAAUGUUUUCUAAACCUGGAGUCCCCACAGAUACAUAAAGGAUGUAAACAUGAACUUCAUGUGAUCUAUAAAACUUUUGAAAUUUUU